AUGGCAGGCACUUGUAUUACUACUAUUAAAUUAUUAGGAGUUGGAUCAUUAGGUUUAUUAUCAUCAUCUAUAAUCUAUCAAUCAUUGACAAAGUUACCUGAGUUCAUCCAUCAAUUCAAUUGUCAAUUCAAUACCGACAAAGAUAAUGGUACUAAUAGUUCAAUAACAUUAUUUGAACAACAAUUAUAUCGUCUUAAAAACAUUAUAUUUGGCAAUCGAUUGAUUAAUGGAGCUUUAACUACUAUAAGCACUGGAUUGUUUGCUUUAGCGUUCAAAUAUUCUGUUAGUAAUGAAAGACAUCCUUAUUUGAUAUAUGCUGCUCUUGGCGCUCCUUUAAGUUUGAUUAGUUUAUACUACAAUAUCUAUUCUGUUGAAGAAAAGAUUUUGUUCCAACAACAGCAGCAACAAAAGAGUAAAUCAGCUGGUGUUGGCAAAACCAAAAAGAAACUGAAGAAUGUUGAAGCGAGUGCUGGUAAACAAGAAGAAGAUCAAGCAUAUGAUGAUGAACCUGCUGAAUUGAUUAGUAAAAUAACUUCAAGUGAUUCUUUAUUGGGUAAAUCAUAUGUUCAUCUUUCUGAUGAAUCAGGAAUAUCUACUCCAAAUUCAACCACAUCUCAUCCUUCAACUCCUAAACUUGAACCAAACCAACAAGAACAAGAACAGCCUACAGCUGCUGCUGUUGAUGAUGAGGUUGAACUUGAAGUUGAACAAGAGGUUGAAAAUAUUUUAAUCAAAAAACAAGUUGUACAAAAUUUGAAGAAAAUUGAAUCUGGAUAUACCAUUGCUAGUUAUGUUUCUGGAAUUAGUUUUGUGAUUGCUUCAAUUGGAUUAAUUGGUGAUUAUUAUUAUUUCUAA